GAGUCAUCGCUGGAGAAGAGCCCGGAGCGGAUGGAGCGGACGGAGCGGACGAGCCGCCGUCUGAUGGCUUGAAAACGGGGGGAAUAAGUGUGGAUCACGUCGGAUUAUUCGCGCUCUCACCCACACACACACACUCGCACACGCACGAGCCCAGGACGGUGGCAGCCGCUGGUCUGGAUGUAGAUGCGCGUGAAGACAUGAGCGGAGUGUGAGUCAGGCUGUUGCCGCUCGGUUGCGGCUGCGGACCCGGGCACCGACAGCACGGAGGCAGCCUGAAAGAGCGAACUUGGCUCCUCUCUCUUCCCGGUGGGAGGUGUCUGCUAGCCCGCUGUGCCGCGUCGCGCUCGCAGCCUCCCCGCCCGGACCUUCUAAUGAGGAUACGGACAUAACUGAGGGGGGACAUUUUUUCUGUAAAUAUCGUCUUUUCUCUGUCUUCUUUAAAGCAACCAACUGUGGCUUUAAUGUGACGCACUAACAGACAUUAGCUCUGUGUCGGAGCGGACCCCCCCUGCGGAGGACUUCAGGGCUUCUUCAUCAAGUUUCCUCCCGCAACAAGCUCCACACCGAUCAAAAAGAACAGCUAGAGAUCCAAGCUGUGCCAGGCCAGGCCAGGCCAGGCUAGGCCAGGCUAGCAUUCUGUCUGGCUUCACCAGCUUCCUGCUCUCGGUGAGUGGAGGAGGCUUCAGCCAGCUCAGCCAAGUCAAGCUGUAAAAGAUUGGAUUCCAACCAUAUUUCAUCUUAGCCUUCAGGAGGCCACACUGGUCUGUGAGAUCUCCAUUUCUUCCAUGUCAUGUUGGUUGCUCUCUGGAUAUUGGCAUCAGAAUGGAUUCAGGUGUUAAUUUGACAGGUGUCACAUCAUUGCAGUGCUUGCACUCUCCCUCCUUGGACUGCCUCUCGUCCCCUCCCUCCCCAAUCUUCAAGAGAAAGCCCCUCAGCCCCCCCUGGGGCUUCCCUGAGCCCUGUACAGACGGGCCUAACAGGAACUGUCAGUUGUCUUGUUGAAACAAGUUGACGCUGCAAAGGGGAAGUAGAGUUAAUAAAUUCUUGAUAAAAAAAUCUACAGACCACAACAAGGAUAACUGUCGUCGAAUGAUUUAUUUUUUGUAACCUCUCCACUUUUCUUCUACUUGGAUCAGAGGUUUUCACUUCAAGAAGGAGCUUACUGAUCAAGAUUUGCACCCAAAACCAGUUUACAAAUAGGUUAAUGUGAAUACUAAUUGAAAAAAAAAAAUCCUUAUUUAUACACAAAGAUUUUUUCUAUAUUUGUUUGGGUCUAAGCAUCAGGCGGAAUGUCUGAAAGCAAUAGCAGCAGUAAAGCGGUGAUAUUCAUUGCCCCAGCCUCCCCUCCUCCCUCUUCCUCCGCCUGUCCAUCCCCACAGACCCCUCAAAAGAAUGUGAACGGCUCUUCCAGUUCAGACUCGCAUGUGGUGGAGAAGCUCGGUGUUGUCCCGGAGGUCCGACGCCGGCGCCACACCAUGGAUAGGGACUCUAAAACAGCUGAGCACCGCUUCUUCCGUCGCAGCGUCAUCUGUGACUCCAACGCCACAGCUUUAGACCUGCCCAGCAAAGCAGCUGUGAUCCUCACCUCACCUCCAGACUGUGAAGGGUGUCCCAUCUUCCUCACUCCACAAUCCUUAGGGUCUGGACCUGGGGUGCAAGAUGACGAGGUUGAGAGAGGUUCCUAUUUGCAAAUCAAUACCCGUCAUCCUUGUCUUGGGGUUAGUGGGGCUGUUGAAGAAGGGCAUGUAGAAAUCGCUGAGAAAGAUCUAACAGAAGGCAGUGUCACGGUUCCAGUUCCCACCAUUAGCAGUGUGGAACAUACAGAUGGGGCAGAGACAGUGUCCAGCCCGACAGUAUUGGAUGUUACAGACAACACAGCAGUCAAACAGCCUGAUGUAACAUUAACUCCCAGAGGGACCGAGAACACACAACAGGUGGCAAAAGAUGAAAAAGUGAUCGAACAUGUAGAAGAAAGCAGCGUUAGUAGUCGAGCCGGAGAGAAGGAGAGAGUGACGGAGGAGGAGAGGGGUCUAGCAAAAGCACGAGCAGAGCUGAGAGAAGCCGAGAAACGAGUGCAGGAUGAUAUAGAGGAGGUAGAGACUAAAGCUGUGGGGACUUCAUCGGAUGGACGCUUCCUGAAAUUUGACAUCGAGAUUGGAAGAGGCUCUUUUAAGACAGUCUACAAAGGACUGGAUACGGAGACGACGGUGGAAGUGGCGUGGUGUGAACUCCAGGAUCGCAAGCUGUCAAAGUCAGAGCGACAGCGCUUCAAAGAGGAGGCCGGGAUGCUGAAGGGUCUCCAGCAUCCUAACAUUGUCCGCUUCUAUGACUCGUGGGAGGGGCCAUGCAAAGGAAAGAAAUGUAUUGUUCUAGUCACCGAGCUCAUGACAUCUGGAACGCUAAAAACCUACCUGAAGCGUUUCAAGGUGAUGAAAAUCAAGGUGCUGCGUUCAUGGUGCAGACAGAUCCUCAAAGGGCUUCACUUCCUGCACACCCGAACCCCGCCCAUCAUUCACAGGGACCUGAAAUGUGACAACAUCUUCAUCACGGGGCCCACGGGCUCGGUGAAGAUAGGGGACCUGGGGUUAGCCACAUUAAAGAGGGCCUCUUUCGCCAAGAGUGUCAUAGGCACCCCAGAGUUUAUGGCUCCAGAGAUGUACGAGGAGAAGUACGAUGAAUCAGUAGAUGUCUACGCCUUCGGGAUGUGUAUGUUGGAGAUGGCUACGUCAGAAUACCCCUACUCUGAAUGUCAAAACGCUGCUCAGAUCUACAGGCGGGUCACUAGUGGGGUGAAGCCUGCCAGUUUUGACAAGGUAGCCAUUCCUGAGGUGAAGGAAAUUAUAGAGGGUUGCAUCCAAACAAACAAGGAUGAGAGGUAUGCCAUAAAGAUCCUGCUGAACCAUGCGUUCUUCCAGGAGGACACAGGGGUCAGGGUUGAACUGGCAGAAGAGGAUGAUGGAGAAAUGAUCGCCAUCAAACUUUGGCUGAGAAUAGAAGACGUCAAGAAACUUAAAGGCAAAUACAAAGACAACGAAGCCAUCGAGUUCUCUUUUGACCUGAUUAAGGAUGUGCCUGAAGAUGUGGCCCAGGAAAUGGUUGAGUCUGGCUACGUCGCUGAGGGUGACCAUAAGACCAUGGCCAAGGCGAUUAAGGACCGUGUGUCUUUGAUCCAGAGGAAGAGGGAACAGAGGAAGCUGGUUCGGGAGGAGCAGGAGAAGAGGAGACAGGAGGCAGAGCAGCAUCUGCAACAGCAGCAGCAGCAACAACAGCAACAGCAGCAGCAACAACAACAACAACAACAACAGCAGCAACAGCAACAGCAGCAGCAACAACAACAGCAACAGCAACAACAACAACAACUGCAGCAACUUCAGCAGCAGCAACAAGAAACACAUAAAACCUCAUACACACAGGCCGAGUUGGAAGAGACUGAAGUGGCGCACCAGCAGCUCCACUAUCAGCAGACCGGCCUCUCACACGCAUCUGAAGGAGGUAUGGACAGCGGCCAGGGUUCCUCUGUUUUCUCUUCCGACUCCCCCCACCUCGGUCAGCUGACCAUGUCCUACAGCGGCCCCCCUUCCUCCCAGCCCCCUUCCCAACCCCAGACCCCCUAUCCCCUUACCCCAUCUGCCAACACGCAGCAACAUCCAGGCUAUGCCCAGCCACCGCAGCCAAUGCAUUCAAUGCCACACCCCUACAGUGGAGGAACAAGCACAGGAACAGGAGCAGGAGGGAGCGUCCUCCUCCCAACUCAUCCUGACCCUGCUUCUAUUUUCUUCCCCUCCAUUCCUGAGCGCCCCAUUUCCUUCUCUCCUCCACCCACUGGGCCUCCAAAGGCCUACAACACCCAGCGACGCAAGAGCACAUCCAUUCUAGAGGCCCAUACCCGCCACUUCCAGCCCGCUUAUGCUCGCUAUGGGAGCAGCCUACAUCCCUUUUCGGGAAUGGAGGGUGUAGAUACCCCCUCUCUCUUUAUGGUGAACCCUGGUUUUGCAGCAGCUGCUCAAAGACUUGGUGUGGGGGAGCCACUGCAUCUCCCAGGACAGUCUGACCCGAGUCUGUACGGCUACAAAGACAUGAGAGCAGAGCAUGAGGAAGUAGUCAGGAGAUUAAGUCUAAAUCAAGCUGCCUUAUUGGACCAUUAUGAAGCAAUGGCAUAUGGAGGAUACCCAAUGACUACACACCAGCUUGGUCACUUGAGCUACCAUCAGCAGAGGCAGGCAGCGGCUGCUGCUGCUAGUUUGGGUUUUGAUCCCGGUCCUCCACCUCAACCAGGCUUCUUGCACCCUCACCUCAUGCAAAGAAUGAGUACACACAGUCCAAUGCCUUCUCCCUUACCUCCAAUGAGCGCAUCCACUGGUGGCUCUGUUUCCUCUUCAUCAUCUGAUGGCUGCUAUCCUCCACCACAGCAUGGAUCCAUGUCUGCCUUCCCUAUUUCUACACCACCAGUAAUGAGUGAAGCUACACCAUCUACUGGAAGUGUUUUUGAGUUUCAUUUAGCUGCUGCUGCUGCAGCUGCUGCUGGAGACCCAAGCCUCCUGGCAUCCAGACUUUACCGGGCUCGGAGAGGCUCCAUGGACCUCCCUCUGGAGGACAACACCGUUCCUGGCUCAGGUGGUUCAGGCACAUACAGCCGUCUCCAGCCAGUGAGAGAGGAGCUGUUCACUUACAUCAGCCCGGAGCUCCCCUUACCUCCAGGAAGUCUACUUCUGCACCACAUGGGCCUAACCAUGAAGGACAGAAGUCCAGAACCUUCUAGCGACUCUUUGGCCUCCUCGGACGCAGGAGAGUUCCAGUCACCUCCUCCACCACCUCACCUCGCCUCGUUUGACUCCUCAGCUGCUCAGUCAAUCCCUCACUCAACCUCCACCACGUUCUUUGAUUCAUCAGGGGUAGAUCCCCAGGGACAUCCACCUUCCAUGCAGAGCUUUCUCCCUCCCACCCCAUCCUCCGAGCUCCCACUUGGGGGAACAUCAUCAACUCAUCUGGAGUCUCUGAUCCAGAGUGCCUGGGCCCGACACGGAGGGGUGGUACCAGCACAAGCCGAUAUGACUUACCAUGAGUCAUUGCUGGCCAUGCAGGCUGCUAACCCCACUCUGCAGCAGAUUCAGACUCCCACCCCCCAGCCCUCACCAGGACCCCCCAUAGUCCCGGCCGCCUCCCAGCCAGCGCCCCCUGGGACACCCCAACAAGUCAUUUCAUCCAGUCAGAGCAGUACUUCAGUUCAGAGUCCCACACACACAACUCUGCAACAGGCACAGCCCAGUGUAACUCCGUCUACCUCUGCUGUGACGCACCCUUCUCCUUCGCCAUCCCUUCCUAUUACCAUGCCGUCAGCGGUUGUGGCUUCCCCACCUUCUCCUCUGCCCCUCUCUGUUGGGGUGGUGCCUCCUAUUGUUUCCCCUCCUCCUCCUCCUCCUGUGCCUCAACUAUUGGCCACCAUGGUGCCAAUCAUCAGCGUAGUCACCGCCCCACCUGACACUCCCAUGGAAGUCCCUCCCCAGUCCGUCUCUCAGUCUUCAGAACUGUCCCAGUCCCAGCUGCAGCCACCUCAAGUUCUCUCAUCUAUAGAGAGUGGCCACUCGGAAACGUCAGGUCUGAGUGAUGGCAACGAGGGGGGAGGAGGUCGUCACGAAGGGCGCUCCACCAAGCGACAUCAGAGACGCUCUGUGCGAAGUCGAUCACGCCACGAGAAGAUCUCCAAGGCGAAGCUCAAUGUUCUCAAUAUCUCCAGCCGAGGAGACAGGGUAGCAGAGUGUCAGCUGGAGACUCACAACAGGAAGAUGGUGACGUUCAGGUUUGACCUGGAUGGUGACAAUCCUGAGGAGAUCGCUCAGAUCAUGGUCCAGAGUGAGUUCAUCCUGGAGAGUGAGAGGGAGUCAUUCAUUGAACAGGUCAGGGAGGUGAUAGAGAACGCUGAUGAGAAGGGUCUGGAGAGAGACGCAAACAGCCAGAUGACCGGUGGCAUGGAGCAGCAGAUUCCUGUCAUAUCUGUGCCCAUGCCAGACAUCCCCCCAAGUGCAACAGCACAAGUGGUUCAUUCAGCAGGUCGGAGGUUCAUCGUCAGCCCCGUACCUGAAGCCAGGCUGAAGGAGCAAAUGUUUCCCACCUCUUCUCCGACUGCCACUGCACCUUCUGUUGAAACAGUUCCUCCGGCAUCAGCUCCAGCUCCAUCUCAGACUCCGGGCCAAGGUUUGGGGUUGUCCCAGUCUGCAGGAGUAAUCAGCUUACAACAGGCCUUCUCUGAGCUCAAACAGAACCAGAAUCAGUUUGAUCCAGGACCCAGCACCGCCCCAGCCUCCAUCCACUCCACCCAUCCUUCUCUACAGCCUUCAGCUUCCCCUGUCCCCUCACAGGCUAGCACCGUCUCCUCCAGUGCUGAUAUUACUCCUAGUCUUGUCCCCUCUAAUUUAUCCAAGGCACAGGAACAGGUUAUGGAUGCCUCUCAUCCUCCUCAUUCCUCCUCCCCCUAUACUGUUGCUGCUGUGUGUCACAGUCCUCCCAGUUCCUCAUCGCCUCCUCCGACUGGGGUGAACCAGUCCAUCCAUCAGUCGCAGCCCGGGACACAGGCUGCCCAAAUUCAGCCCCAGGCUUUCACCCAGCCUCAGUCCCAAUCAGUCUCCGCUGUCGCUGCUUCUUCAGUAACUUCCACUUUACCCCCGGCGAGCAUCUCCAACAUUGCCCCAACAAUGCUCACCUCUCCUCCCCCUGCCCAGUCUGUCCCUCUUGUGUCCUCCCCCCCCUCCUCCACUCUCACAGCCAGCGAAGUCUCCUCCAUUCAUCAGUCUGUCUCCUCCACCUCGUCGUCUACUCCUCCCCACUCCUCCUCGGCCGUCCCAGGCCCCCAAACCACUCCCUCUGCCACCUCCACUACACCUAUUCUGACUGGGCAGACGCAUACACACAGUGGGGAAUGUGAUGCAAGGUGUGAGGCGUACGCUGAGGCCCAAGGCAAACCGGACGACAUCCAAGUUCUGGAGAAGAAGCUUCGCUCCCUCUUCAUGGACCUCGGCGGAGGAGGGCCCUCCAGCCAGGGAGAUAGCGUAGGUGCUGACACUGGCUCUGGAGCCUCUGUGGCAGGUACCUCGUCCCCGUUGGGGCCCAGCUCUACCUCCACAACACCUGGCUCCAGCCUGCCAAACAAUCCUCUUCAGCCCCCCUCCAGCCUAGCGAUAGGGUCAGUGGGGUCACCUGCACCAUUCCAGGGACCUGGGACAGCUAUUUCCACCCCUUCAACGACGGUCAUCCCUGCCUCAUCCUUUGGCCAGACCACUCCAUCUAAAACCCCCUUAUCCAGGGUACCGGCCAGUUCAUCUCCUUCAGAACUCCUGCCAUCCUUCCCUGGACCUUGUGUAAUACAGUCCCAGCAGCCUCUGGAGGACCUAGAUGCACAGUUGAGGAGAGCACUGAGUCCAGAGACUGUUCCUGUCAGCACACACUCACAGGCCUCUCAUGGUGGUUUUACUGGAGUGGGACCACCAGUACCCUUUUCUCUUGAUGAGGACACUGUGUCCUCGCCUGCUCCUCCUCCUGCAAUUAAACUUGGAAGAUUUCAGGUGUCACUUGCCACUGAAGAGCCUCCAGUCCUCCACCCGGCCUGCACUGAAUCAUCCUCCACCACCUCCUCGUCUUCGUCCUCCUCGUCCUCAUCCUCAAGUCUCUCCAGCCCGGAAAACACGCUGCAUAAAGACUCCUUGUCUCCUCUGAAAGGGGGAGGAGGACAAGGAGGAGACAUUGUAGAUGGACUCCCCCAGAGGACAGUGAUGGGAUCCCACCAACCCUCCCCCUUCACCUCUCCCUGUCCGUCUCCUAAGCCCACUACUACGAUAGGACGCUUCCAGGUCACCACCAACCCUGAGGCUCGUGUCGGUAGAUUCUCGGUCAGUCGUGCCCAGGAGCAGAGCCCUGAGCCCAGGCAAAGCCCUCUACCCGCUGCCCAAGCUGCUAACGGACCCAGCGAACCCAGGCAGAUUUUGACCCCAGACUCAACUCAUAAAGCCUCCCUGCCAAGCUUAAACAACAACUCCUUCAAUAACUCCUACAUCAGCAGUGAUAACGACUCCGAAUUUGAGGACGACGACUUCAAAUGUGAAGUCAGCCGGCUCAAAGAAAAGCACAUGCGUGAGAUUCAGGCCCUUCACUCCCGUCAGAAGGAGGAGAUAGACGGCCUCUUUACCAGGCUGGGAAAGGUUCCUCCGGCUGCAGUGCUCCCUCCGGUUAUAGCUUUGACUGGCAGGAGGAGACGACCUACCAAAAGCAAAUCAUCCAAAUCGUCCAGAACCAGCUCCAUGGUCGGCAGCAAGAGUCCAUUACAGCCAGGCAGCACUUUAUCCGCCCAGAGCGUCCCGACCAUGUACCCCGGGCAACUGGCUCUGUUAGCCCCAGGAGGAUUAGCUGAUUCAGUCGGCAGCGCUCUGCCCCAGCCCCUCAAACCCUCUCCCUCCAGCGAUAACCUGUGUUCGGCCUACACCAGUGAUGCAGCGCUCUCUGUGCCCAGCCUGUGUGCUCCCACCCCAGGGACUAACAGCACCAUCGCAGUGAGCGGCUCUGGAGGUUUGGGUCAGAGCCAGACGGGUUCUCAGUAUCUGCCCGCCAACAUGUCGGUCCCCCACCAGAGGAAAGGAACCUUCACCGAUGACCUCCACAAGCUGGUGGACAACUGGGCCCGAGAUGCCAUGAACCUCUCACAGGGUAAGAGGAGUGCCAAACAGCUGCAGCAAACUCCAGCGCAGGGACACAGCUAUGAGGUCAUCCAGUCAGCGAGUCUGGGCAGGAAGUUCUCGGCUCCCAGCCAACUGUGUCCCAGCAGCCUUGGAGGCUCUGCACACCUCCCCACAAACCCCACCGCUACCUCUCUGGCCAGCCGCAAGGGCUCCCUGUGCCACCCCCCCACCUCCUCCUCUCCAUCUCAACCCCAGCCUACCCAAUUCAUCCAGUACACCCCCACCGCCGCCUACAGUGCACAGUGGUCUGGUCCGGCUCAUGGCUUGUCGGCCUCGCAGCAGGCUCCGGUACAACCUGGGCCCCUGCUGGUCAGCACCUCCCAGCCCCUGGGCCCCUACCCCACCCCACAGGGCCAGAUUCCCGGGCAGGGGCCAUUCCAGGCUUUCCAUUUGACCAACGCUCUGCAGAAGUCUGUCAGCAACCCAGGAGGACCCAAUCUGAGGACCACGUAGGGCUGGGGAUCAGGGCUGGAUUGAAUCACGGCCCGACUGGUGUGAACUGGUGUGGGGCGGAGAGUGUUUUGGGCUUGAUCAGUGAGAGAAGAACAAGGAGCUCGGUGUUUAAAGAUGUUGGAUGCUGACGUGUCAGGAGAAUGGAAAAGGAGUAGCUGAAGAGAGGAGAAACCAGGAAAGAGGAAUUUCAAGUGCGACCAUCUCCAUUUGCCUCUGCUUCGAUCCAAGUGUGCGAGACACUGACACAGACGCAGCUAAACAAUCUCCUUGGCUGCUGUGUCUGACCCUGGGCUUGUGACAGCAGCCAAAGGCUCAAGGAUAAAGGAAAAGACUGAUGAGUGUAAUGUUAACAAGCCAAAGAGGUUGUGACAGGAUACGGGACUGUUGUUGAAGACUGAGUGUGUGUGUGUGCCUUGUUGUGUAUGAGCUAUUAUAACUUAAUCACACUUGUUUCAUUACAUGCUUUAUAUUGGGUGAACAAGCUCAUACAUGAUGGGGCGCACAUGUGUCCUAGUUUACGGUGAUAGAAGAUACAACAUGCGGUUAAAGUGGAAGGAUGUGGUGACGAUGAAAAAGUCAGCAGACAAAAGCUUUGGUAGAAAGAAAAAAGAUGUUUAGAUCUGUGUCUGUGUUUAUUCUCCCGUGUGUGUGAUAAGUCAGGAAGUGUUUUUUCUUCAGUAUUCAGACAUUUUUUCUUAACCGUCAAAAGCACAAAGAAUAUCGAGAACAAAUGGAAUCAAAGCAAACUGAGAAUAGUUAGCAGCUCGGCACUUGGUGGAAUCAGCUUGUGAUGGCUUCUCGUUCCUCCGUCGUUCUGGCAAAGCGUUCACACCGAGCUAGAGAGGUGGAGGACAGAUAGUAUGUGGAAACGGAGAGACACCUCUGUUUCCCGUUCCUCUGCUUACUUCACGAACGAUAAAUCAAUGAGAGCACUUAUUGGGACACGACGAUGCUUCUGCGCGGCCCAACACCUCUUCACUGUCACGACUCCACCUCCUCCUUCUCCUCCAUGCCUAUCUCCGCCUCUCUGUUGCCAUUUGAAGCAAUAACAGCAGAAACCUUUUAAGAGGAAAGGAAAACAAAAGAAACAUGAGAGAACUCAUUGUGAAAAAGUGGCCUUGUUAUCAGAAUAAUAUCACAGUCCCUGUACAGUUUAUUUUGUAGAAUUUUGAUGAUUCCAUUUAGUUCUUUUAUUUUGGUUUUGUAUUGUUUUUUGUUUGGCUUUGUUUGCUUCUUGCCCCCAGCUGGCAAUCUGACACAAACACAUGCACACACAUACACAAAUGUAAAAGAUAUGAAUUCAGACAUGCACACAUUCAUGCACAACCAGAUGUAAAUACACACACGUGUUGUUGGAGGCGUAGCAGCUGUUUAAGGGACGUAGAUGUCUCAGUUCUUAGCGUCAUUAAGCUGGUUUCAACACUCGGGUUCGAAAUAAUUGCAAUGUACAUUUAUUAUCAUUAUUGUUGUUAAUGAUCAUUAUUCUAUUUAAAAAGAAACAAACAAAAAACGUGUUCUGUCGAUGGACCUGUUAUACACACGCACAUCGGAGCCCGAUGUGGAAACACUGUGAUUAUUGUUGUUGUUAGCGAAAGUGUUGUUGGACGACUUUAGUUUUAGGGUAACAAUGAAAAAAAAAAUAUAUGAGUGAACGGUUCUGGGUCCUUUCACUUUCAAUUCACUGCUUCCUUCAAAUGUCUCAUCAAAAUGUGAAAAUGGAAAAUAUAAAACACAGUUAUUUUCAAUAAACAUCCUCCCAUCCAGUCACUGAGGACCUACUUCUAAACAAAUGCCUUAUACCACCAACCAAUCGCCAGCAGCUUCAGUUUACAACUGAUUGAAUUGAAAGCUGAAACUGACCUCAGAGCCUGAAUAUAAAGACAAAACCAGAAUGAACGGCAGGAUAGUUGAUAUGUAGAUUUAAAACAAAAGUAAUGCUAGCUAUUUGUUUUCUUAAUACAGUACUUAAACAGUAUAUCAGACACUUUAAAUAGCCCUCUUCCUACCUUCCUCCCCUGGUUUUGUUAGAUGAAUGUGAAUGUAUAAACCAAUGGUGUCCAUUUUAAUGUACUUGAAAAGAAAAAGUCUGUCUUUUAUUUCUAUUUUUUUUUGCUCUGUUUCUCCCCCCCUCCAGAGCCUCUGGUGAAUACUGGAGGUAUUUACUAGUGCCUUACCUCCUUCCUGUUGCUUCUUUGUUGGGUUGGGUGGACGUGCGUGGGGAGUUGAGGGGUGUCACUGUGUCAUCGGCCCUGAUGGUCGGACAUGGUUGAUGGACACUUGCUGUGGUCAGCUCCUGCAGGUUGUGGUUACUAAUUUGUGUCCUUCAAAAUGCUCAAAUUUAACCUUUUUUUUUUGUUGUGGGAGAAUUGGGAGGAAAGCUGAAUCAAAAAUAUUGAAAACCGUGACAUCAGAGUUGUUUCUUUCAUUGCUGUGCUUUGCUCUUAUACGCACGAGGCCCGGCUGAGUCUUCAGGCCCAGCUGCACCACCAACAGAAUGAAAUGAUGGAGGGAACGUGAUACUUUAUCGGUGCCAUUUUGUUUUUUCAGGUUGUUAAUUGUAAAUAUGAGGAAGGGGAUUCCGUUUUAUGGAGAUUGGAGUUUUUGAAGAUUGUAUUUGAAGCUUGGACCACUCUGUACUUUAGAGCCACUGGCCUGGGUGCAGUAGAGAGUUCAGUCAGUGACACAGUGGUGUACACACGUGUUGUAUACCAAAACAUAAAUCAUAUUUCUUUCUGACUGCUUUGUGAAUUUGGCAAAAGACUAAAAAAAAGUAUAUUUUUCUGAAUUUGUCCUCAAUUUAAUGAUCUCUCCUAAUGAAUGAGGAGUAGUGCACCUUUACAUAUUAUUACAUCGACAUAGUAAAAACCAAAUCUUCUUCAUCAGGACUGUGUCUGUGGUCUGAUCAGAUCCUGUAUCAAAAUAUUGCUGAAUCCUUAUUGGGUGCAUGGAAAUAUAUGACAUCACCUUUUUCUAAGUAGGAUGAGGAUUAGAAAUAAAGUAAAUACAAAGAUCUCUGUGGUGAAAUAACCAAAACCGUUCAAACUUCACUCUUUACUCAAAGUGUUACACAUCUCAGAGAUGCUGCUGCUGCUGCUGGGCAAACAAAGCAAAGAGUCAGAGUAAGGUAUGAACAUCGUUUCAUCCCACUGUGCAUUUGGGAAGCUGCACCAUUCAGGGUCAAAUGUGUGGUGGUGGUGGUGGUGGUGGUUGGAGUGAAUGUGAGCACCGCGGUGGUCAUAUAUGGAAGCGAUGGAGGUUUCAGAUUCAAGGCCUUCGAAACCCUGUUCUGAUUUUAACCUUCAUUUAUCAGAGCAGAUCAAAACUUGUCUGGUACAAACUUUAACAUUCACUUAAAAACAACCUUGCGUCUUUUAUUUUGUUUUUCAUUGGAAAGGGUUUGUUCUGGAUUCACAUCAACACAUUACGAAAACUUUGUAAAGUUUGUACAAAAACAACAACAUUGCUUCUGCCUGUUUGUUUUUUGUGACAUUUUCCCCGUGAAACGUUAAUGCAACAUUUUUACUACUUAGCAGGUUUGGUUGAAGCUGUGAAUAAUAAUUGAGCCACUUUGCUUUAGUUCCGGUUCAGAGCGUUCUGUCAAAUCCUUAAAUGACGCCACCGACUCAGUGCCAUGUGACGUGUCGUCAGUGGAGUGGAACCAUCAGAAGUGAAGAAUAAAAAUUUAAAGAAAGAACAUUUGAGUGUAAUAUUUACCUGCUGUUACUCACUGGAGCUGUUUUGGGUGAAGUUUCACUUUGGAAUCUCAAAUGAUUUCCACAGUAGAGGUGUGAUCAUAUUUUUGCUCUGUCAUUACUACACAAAAGUUAACUACAAAAGAAAUGCCCUCUGUGCAAUGGCCGCAAUGCAAUAUGUAAAGUUACAGUGCGUUGUCAAGCUGGGGGAGAGCUCUUACUGUGAAAGGUUUAGGAGUUCUCUAGCGCUGGGCGACUUUUAUUGUGAAAUUUAAGGUUUCAAUGUUUCUGGUGACACAGAUAACUGGCAGCAAUAGUUGUUUUAACUGGUUCAUGUUAGAGAUUAAGUUUCUGUUGGUGUUUUUACAGGACUCGCUUUCCCUUUAUGCUUUUACUUUAGAAGUGCCCACAUGUUAACAUCACACAAUGCCUUUUCAUGCACCAACAGAACAACACACACACACCACACUGUUUCCUGUAGCUCUCUCCUGUGGAAUGACGUUGUCUCGAGUUGCUCUCGACUGUUACUGAAAAACAUGUUGAUUUUUUUUUUUUCCUGUUCUCACUUUAGUUUUUCUCUCACUCAGUUGAUCUGCGGUUUAAAAGUCUCUAGCAGCGAUUAACUUAACUUGGGUGGUUUCAUUUGUUUCUGUAACAUGUUUGACAUUGUACAAAAGUGUUUGAAUUACAAAAAACACAUGGAUGAAAGAAAAACAAGAAUAAAUACGUGUAGGGAGUCAUUGGCAGCCUUUAAUGGUAUGUUUUGCACUAAGUAAAGAGUGUUCAAGCUUCAUAAUAAAAAGAAACUGCGCUUUGCGCUACAAUACAAUUAAAUUUGUUACUUUAUUUGUAAAAACUAAAUAAAAGUUGUUUAAAUGAA